CUUCGAGAAGAUGACAAGUGCUCUGCCCCGGAUAUGACGUCAUUUUGCUGAAUAGGGGAACAAGAGAAAGGUGUGGCACGUUGCUUAAUACUUACACUAGUUGUUAUAAUUUUCACGAUUUUACUUUCUGAAAAUAAUGGUUCUUGUUGGAGCCGUAACUCUACCUCAUGCAGGAAUAUCUUUCGAUGGCGAAGGUGCUGCAAGCCCCUCUGAAUCAUGUCGUAGAAGAUACGCUGGGCUUCCUCAGGAGUUACAGACGACCCUCACUGAUCUCUUUAAGUGCAUCGUAAAAACUUGUCAAAAUGCUGCAUCUCUGAAGCCAGAUCUUGUUGUAUUACACACACCACAUGGUAUUUCAUUGUCUAAAAGUCUUGGAGUAUAUUUGAACGACGUUGCUAAAGGAGAUGCUACGUGGAAAGAUGAAUGGGCUGAUUUCAAAGUGGAAGUGCCAUUGGAUAAAGCGAUGUCGGAAAAAAUAAUUGAGCAUUUAGAAACGGAGGGAAUCAAUGUUCAGGGUGUGAGAACGUUUGACGUUCUUGAAACACCACUUCGAUGGGGAGAGGUUAUUCCAUUGUGGUAUUUGAAUAGAGAGUUCGAAAACACCCAUAAGCAUCCUAAAUACGUCAUUAUUAGUCAGCCAAUCAAGGAAAUCGCCGUGAAGGAUGUAAUGAUUGAUAUUGGUAGGUCUCUUGGUAGAUACUUUGAUCAGACUAAAUUUAGAACCUUGUUCGUGGUCAGCGGAGAUCUUUCUCAUGCACAUUUUAACCAUUACAAAAAUUUACCCUAUUAUUCACCUGAUCCGAAAUGGGCCUUACCUCAAAGUUCAUGUAAGGCAGAGCUUUUUGAUUGUGCUAUUGUGUCUUGGGUAAUUUCUCAGCCUAAAAAUUCAGAAAGCAAAACCACAUCUAAUGGUGUUUGGAACGUCGCUAAUGCCCACUAUUGGCUAUCAAAGGCCGAGGAGCUUGAAAAGGAAGCAUACUCUUGUGGUCUUGGUGGAUUUUUUGUUCUUCAUGGAAUUCUCUCUCAAUGUAACAAGCCAAUAUACAGUAGAAUGUUCGGGAGAUUUGCACCGUUCUAUUACGGUAUGAUGGCUUCUUCUUUUAUCAUUAAAAUGAAAACUCUGCAAUAUGAACAUCAAGUUUUCAGUUAAGAACGUCCCACAAGAUGACUCAAAUUAGUGGAAUUAAUUGAAUACAGUAUGCUCGGCUUUAUAUGUUGUUUAUGUAUUUUGGAUGCACUACUGUGCGUGUUUGUUUUUACGUUACCUGUACAGUAAACACAAACCAAUAAACAUAAAAUCCGCA